AUGGCCUCAAAGGCUGUGAGACUGAGGACUGGACCUAUUUUGGCUGCGGCGCACAUUACCAAUGCCGUUAGAGAAGGCCGGGCCAAGUUGCACUCCACAGGGUUUCAUUCUACCUGGGCGUCGACCAAUUAUUCUAUCACAUCUUCCAAGCCAGCCACUCUUGGGUUCGAAUUUUUGGCCGGAAAAACUUUCUACGUGAUUCAGAUCAGGCCCUGGUCAAAAAUUGGUGUUGAGCGCUGUUCAACCUUAGUGUCACUAAAACAACACACAUCAUUAUUAGUCAUCUUUGAGAGGGGGGUUGAUUCUGGUGAUGGGAGAUCAUGCCGAGGUUCAAAAGUUCGCCGUGGCUCGAAAUUCCCCCGCCCAAAUUUGAACACCGUUCAACUGCAACCCGCAACUAUGGAUCUGGCCAGUGCAAGGUCCAUAUCAGCAGCAAGGGUAUCUUCACAACGUUGUGCUAAUGCGGAAUCCCGGACAUCACGGUCGGGUCGAGGAAAGAUAAAAUCCGCCAACCAAGAAAAAUUGCUUCGGAUAAUGAUACUACUAUGGGGAGCUCGAUUUGUUAGCGCCAUUCUGAUGCCCUCCAAAGGAAGGCUGCCCGUAAUCUUCAGUAUCUCAUUGAUGUAG